GUUAAGACAGUCCAGUAUCAAUGGUUCAUCUCUCCUCACUUUUGCUGACAGUCUGAUAUCAAGUACUUAUCUCCCUCAUGCUGUCAAGUCAAACAAAAGACCAAGUUACUUUUGCUGCAAUGGAAAAGUUAAAGGCUUAUGGAUUAACAAUAGAGAACAUUCUCACAACAUCAACAAGCAAAAUUGGUGAACUUAUCUACCCUGUUGGCUUCUGGAAGAAAAAAGCUGAGUACAUCAAGAAUGCCACUAAAAUUUGUGCUGAGAAUUACAAUGGAGACAUUCCACCAACAGUAGAAGAGCUGGUCAAACUUCCAGGUGUGGGCCCAAAAAUGGUGCAUAUUACCAUGAAUGUGGCUUGGGGACAAGUGACUGGAAUUGGAGUUGAUACUCAUGUUCAUAGAAUUUCUAACAGACCAGGAUGGGUCAAAAAACGUACUAAACUGCCAGAGGAAACUAGAAUUGCUGUAGAAAGCUGGUGA